CCAGUUACCACAACAGGCCAGGCUGUUGCCUAGAGAUGGGGCACUAUAAAGCAAUGUCCCACCCUUGUACUUAACACAACAUCCCCAGCUACUCAUUACAGGUGACAAAGGAUUGUUUCAAGCAUCGAAAACAUGCGUGAAUGUAUCUCUGUCCAUGUUGGCCAAGCUGGAGCUCAGAUAGGCAAUGCAUGCUGGGAGCUCUACUGCCUGGAGCACGGCAUCCAGCCUGACGGUCAGAUGCCCAGUGACAAGACCAUCGGAGGAGGAGACGACUCCUUCAACACCUUCUUCAGUGAGACUGGAGCUGGAAAACACGUCCCUCGAGCCGUCUUUGUGGAUCUGGAGCCAACUGUGAUUGAUGAGGUCCGUACUGGAACCUACCGGCAGCUCUUUCAUCCUGAGCAGCUGAUCACUGGAAAGGAAGAUGCAGCCAAUAACUACGCGCGUGGUCACUACACCAUCGGGAAAGAGUCUAUUGACCUUGUGCUAGACAGGAUACGGAAACUGGCCGAUCAGUGCACCGGGCUCCAAGGUUUCCUCAUCUUCCACUCCUUUGGAGGAGGAACCGGCUCUGGCUUCACCUCUCUGCUGAUGGAGCGUCUCUCUGUCGACUAUGGCAAAAAGUCCAAGCUGGAGUUUGCCAUUUAUCCUGCUCCUCAGGUGUCCACAGCUGUGGUGGAGCCCUACAACUCCAUCCUGACCACCCACACCACCCUGGAGCAUUCUGACUGCGCCUUCAUGGUAGACAACGAGGCCAUCUACGACAUCUGCCGCAGGAACCUUGACAUCGAGCGUCCCACAUACACCAACCUCAACAGGCUGAUUGGACAGAUCGUCUCCUCCAUCACAGCCUCCCUGCGGUUUGACGGAGCCCUGAACGUGGACCUGACGGAGUUCCAGACCAACUUGGUGCCCUACCCUCGUAUCCACUUCCCUCUGGCCACCUACGCCCCAGUUAUCUCAGCAGAGAAGGCCUAUCAUGAGCAGCUCUCAGUGUCUGAAAUCACCAACGCCUGCUUUGAGCCGGCCAAUCAGAUGGUGAAGUGUGACCCUCGUCAUGGAAAGUACAUGGCCUGCUGCCUCCUGUACCGUGGAGAUGUGGUGCCCAAAGAUGUCAACUCCGCCAUCGCCACGAUCAAAACAAAGCGAACCAUCCAGUUUGUGGAUUGGUGUCCCACAGGCUUCAAGGUGGGUAUCAACUACCAGCCCCCCACUGUGGUUCCUGGAGGAGACCUGGCCAAGGUGCAGAGGGCCGUGUGCAUGCUGAGCAACACCACUGCCAUCGCAGAGGCCUGGGCUCGACUUGACCACAAGUUUGACCUGAUGUACGCCAAGAGGGCUUUCGUCCACUGGUACGUUGGAGAGGGGAUGGAGGAGGGGGAGUUCUCAGAGGCCAGAGAGGACAUGGCUGCUCUGGAGAAGGAUUAUGAGGAGGUGGGCACUGACAGCAUCGUGGACGACGGAGAGGAAGAGGGGGAAGAAUAUUAAAUUUGCAAUAACCGACAGGUCCUAAAUUCAAUAAUGAUACUCAUCAUCUGACCUAUAUUUAUUUGCAAAUAUUCAGCAUAAAUGACCUGCACGAUUCCUGUUUUCUGCUGAAGAAUUUAGUGUCCAGGCAUCAUCUGUUCUUAUUGUUUUUAUCCUGAAACAUUAAACUGAACAUGCUUUA